GGAAGUUGCGAGGAAGUUUCUGUGGGUAAUUCGCAAAGAGACACACCUCCCAUUUCAGUACCAACAACGCUACAGUCCAACACCUCACGAGGCGCGCACUAGGGAGUGUUGCACAUAAAUGGAACGCCCGUAACAAUCACGCAGCACCGAGCCCGAACCCAAGCUUUUUUUUGCAAAUCGGUGCGGUCCGUCGUUCACUUGCUCACUGCCUCCGAUCGGCGUCCCUCCUCCACCGGCUCUGCCGCUGUCACCGCCGGCCCGCGGGGCUGCCAGGUCCAUGGCGCCCGCGUGCGCACUCACCACCAUAGCCAUCCUCGCCGCGAUCCUCUUCUACGUCCUCCUGCUGCUCAGCCGCGCCAUGGAGCUGCGUUUCACGGCCAGCUAUGCCAUGGUCGACUGCGCCCCGCCCCCUGCCUCGGACGCCGCCGCCGCUGCCGCCUUCCGGGACACCGUCCUGCCGCUCCUGGCCGCGCUGCCCGCAGCCGCCGCGCCAACGGGGUUUGCGUCCCUGCAGUCGGGCGGCGGGGCGUUCGCCCGCGGCCUCUGCCUGGGCGACCCCGCGCCGAGAGACUGCCUGGCGUGCCUCGCCGCGGCCGCCAAGAAGCUCACCGGUUGCGGCGCGAGCAGGCGGGCCGGAGUCUGGAGGAGCGAGGGCUGCUUCCUGGCCUAUGCCGACGGCAACACCUCCUCCACGCACGAGGACGUGUUCCGCGACGUCGUCUCCUUCGACGACGGCACUCCGUCCUCCUACCCGAAUUGCUUCGACACGCGGGCGCUCGUCGCGCUCGCGCAGUCCCUGGCGAGGCGCGGCGCGGCCAACAGCUCGGGGGCGCGCGUCGUCACCGACGCGGCCGCGCUCUCGAAGAACGCCACCGGGAAGAACGCGAUGACGUUGCGGGCGCAGUGCGCGAGGGACCGCGCGGCGGCGGCGGAGUGCGCCCGGUGCCUGGGGGACUCGGCGCGAGAGGUGCGGGCGUGCGGCUGGGGCCUCGACGGCGAGCACGAGCGUGUGGCCGACGUGCUCGGCUACAACUGCUUCCUACGGAUCGAGACCUCAGUUCCACCACGGCCCGUGGCGAAAUACAUCAAGCAACCAGUGGUUUUGGCCCUGUGCGCCGCCAUACUGCUCGUGCUGGUUGUAACAGCGGUGAGCGCGUGCGUGAGAAAGAAGAGGGGCACCGGGAAUGUGGCGGCGGCAGCAGCAUCAGCAGGUCAGCAAACGAACGCUGCUGCAAACUGAGGGAGGUGGAGUCACCGGUCACCACCACCUUUGGAGUCAUACGACCACCCUGCUGAUCUGUUUCGCCGCGUGCGGAUGAGAUCGAUCGUCGAUUUUUUUUUCUGGUUUCAGAUCCAUGCUUCCGUAGCUAGUGGCUGAACUAGUAGUGUGGCCAGGAAUUGGCCACUGCGUUGGCUCUGUCGUCCUGGGUGAUACGAGCAUGAACCCAUGUACUGAUUGUCAACUUUAUGUCCUAGAUCAGUUUCAGUA